AUGAAUACGCUCGAGGAAAAGCAACACACUGCCCAACAUGAAGAGAAAUCCAGUGACAGCGAGUCGGCUGAGAUCUUCACGCCCAAACAAGCCCGACGCAUCAGACGUCGGAUCGACCUUAGGUUGAUUCCAUGCCUCGGUUUCAUGUAUGGGAUCAGUCUCAUGGAUAGAAAGAACGUGUCCAAUGCAGCCAUUGCUGGCAUGACGAGUGACCUUGAUCUCGGAGUUGGCUAUCGCUACAGUCUAAUCACAUUGUCCUUCUUCAUCACAUAUGUCCUCUUUCAGGCGCCAACUACAGUCAUUUGUCGCAAGGUAGGCCCGCGCAUCUUCUUGCCGGGUAUCUGCCUGGCUUGGGGAGUUGUUAUCAUCGGUUUUGGUUUCGCGAAAAACUGGAGCACACUGCUUGGCCUCAGGUUGGUUCUAGGUAUACUGGAAGCGGGAUACUUUCCCGGCUGCGUCUACCUUUUAUCAACUUGGUAUACGCGGUUCCAAGUCGCUAAGCGUUACUCGGUGUUCUACCUCAUUGGUAGUAUGGCUUCAGCUCUUUCCGGUAUCCUGGCAUAUGCGCUCAUGCAAAUGGAAGGCGUCUCGGGCAUUAGAGGCUGGCAAUGGAUCUUCAUCAUGGAAGGUGUCAUUACCUGUACUAUUGCUCUUUUCUCCUACAUCUUUAUCGUCAGGUUCCCAGAUGAAGAGAUCGACAGACCAUCCUUUAGAUUCCUCCAGCCCGAUGAGACCAAGUACAUCGUGCACGAAUUGGACAAGGACCGCGCUGAUGUGGAGAUUGAACCAUUCAACUGGCGGAAGUUCAUGAAACCAGCUCGCGAGAUCGAGAUUUGGGGCUUCGCCCUGAUAUUUUUCUGCACCACCACCGUCACAUAUUCAUUCGCCUUCUUCUUGCCGAUUAUCCUACGAAACGGCAUCGGAUUCAGCGUCGCCGCCUCCCAAUGCCUGGUAGCGCCACCCUACGUUCUCUCAGCGAUGCUCAUGUACGCGACCUCCUGGUACGGUGACAAGUACAAGACCCGCGCCCCGGUUCUGAUCUUCAACUCCGUCAUCUCGAUCAUUGGCUUGCCCAUCAUGGGAUUCUCCACCAACAACGCCGUCCGCUACUUCGGUGCCUUCAUUGGCAUCGCCGGCUCCAACGCAAACGUGCCCGCAACCAUGGCGUACCAGGCCAACAACAUCCGCGGACAGUGGAAGCGAGCUUUCUGCAGUGCCACGUUAACAGGCCUGGGUGGCGUGGGAGGUAUCGCCGGUAGUCUAGUAUUCCGCUCGCAAGACGCCCCGGAGUACGUGCCGGGCUUUAUUGCCGUUAUUGUGGCCAAUUGUGUGGUGGUGAUGAUUGCUGUCAUGUUGUCUAUCUUGUUCAAGCGGCGCAACAAGCUGGCCGACGAGGGCAAGCUGAUCCUCAAUGACAGUCCGGACUUCCGCUAUACCCUGUAA